AUGGCGUGUCAACCUAAACGCUCCGAAACCAUCAUAGUUCACGAGUUCCUGGCCAUUGUUCAACAAAAAUUGGACGUCAUGGACCAGGUGUCUCUGGAGCAGAUACUGAUGACAAGCUUCACCGAGGACGAGAUCAUCCAAGCGAAGAAGGUGUUAGCAGAUUCAGCCGUGAGCCAAAUCCGUCUCAUCACACGUCACAGGGAUGGACGCGGAUUACAAGUCACUAUACCGACACUAUUAAAGAUAAACAAACCUUUUGCACGUAUUCCCUUGUCGAGUCUUAUGACACCAAUGCCGUAA